GAAGCUAUUCAUCACACAGAAAUACACAGAGCAUUGAUUUAUAAGUAUUUUAUAUUAUCACAUAUUCACAUUCAUAGGUUUGGAAAUGGCUGUCGAAAGGAAUAUCAACAGCUCUCAUGAAUUUCCUAUGGCUAGUGGAGCUAGCCCUUUCAGCUACAAGAAAAAUUCCGCCUAUCAGAGACGUGUUGUUCGUGCUACUAAGCAGCUCGUGAAUGCAGUGGUGGCGGAGAAACUCCAAGUUGAAAGCCUUAAUAUACAGCGGGGAAUAUUUCAGAUCACUGAUAUGGGUUGUUCAACCGGACCUAACACAUUUAUUUCAGUACAAAACAUCGUGGAAUCUGUGGAGCUAAAGUUCCAGAACAAAAAUGACACUAAAAUACCUAAAAUUCAAGUUUUCUUUAGUGACCAUUCCUUUAAUGAUUUCAAUACCCUUUUCGCAUCUCUCCCAACAAAUAAGCCCUAUUAUGCUGCUGCUGCUGUGGGUUCUUUCUACGAUCGUGUUUUUCCUGAUGAAUCUCUUCAUAUUGUUAACUGCUCUUAUGGUCUACAUUUUCUGUCCAAAGUUCCAAGUGAGGUUGAAGACAAAACUUCACCUGCUUGGAACAAAGGAAAAAUUUACUAUUCCCAUGCUAAGGAAGAAGUGAUUAGGGAAUAUGAAAGACAAUAUGAGAAAGAUAUGGACUCGUUCUUGAACGCUAGGGCACAAGAGGUAGUCCCUGGAGGGUUAGUGUUUAUCACUGUUCCAGCCCGACCCGAUGGAACUCCUCAUUCUAAGGUGAUCUACAAUAUGUUAGCUGACACUUUGGGUUCAUGUUUUGUGGAUUUGGCCAAGCAGGGUGAGAAUGAGAUUGAGGAAGACGAGGUGGAUGCAUUCAAUAUACCAGUGUACAGCACGUCUCCAUCUGAAAUAGAAGAAGCAAUUACAAGAAAUGGAUGUUUUGACAUAGAAAAACUGGAGAUUCUGCCAAAGGAAACAUCACCAAUCAAUGGUCUGACUGCUAAAGAUGCGUCUGUGCACAUAAGGGCUAUAACUGAGGGACUGAUUGAAGAAAAGUUUGGUCCAAAAAUAUUGGACAAACUCUUUCAUCUCUACACACAAAAACUUGAGGAUGCAUAUCUUGACUUGCUUUCUGGUGAAGCAAUAAGUUUAUUCGUAGCUCUUAAACGCAAAACGAACAUCUAAUCUGCUCUACAGAAUAAUGGUGCAAUUUGAAGCUUGGUGGUGGAGAUAUAGCUAUGGUUUGCAAAAUAAGAAAUGCGUGCAACAUGUUUGUUUGUUCUAAAACUAUGUCGUUUUCUCGUCUUCUGCUUUGUUUAAUGUUGUCUUUAAUUUGGUGUGUGAUGUGUCCUUUGGGUUGUCAUGAAAAUGUUAUUUGAAUUCUAAGUACGGUGUGUGAUGUUCCCUUUAGAUGUUGUCUACAGUAUGUAUUGUUUUGAAAUAUUUCUUCUGGCAUUUAAUUUCUUGAUCAAUGAACGCUCAUUUCAUCCAUG